CAAGGAAAGAACAUCCAGCUCUCAGCUUGUUCUUACCUGAUGUGUUGGAGUACAUGACAGUCAGACUAGUAGGAGAGUUCAGUGCGCUUUUAUUUGAGACUUAUUGAGGUUGCACUUUACAUCAGAACAUCUUUUGUGAGUUUUUCUGGUCGCUUGGAGAUGAACGCUUUUCAGGUCCUGUUUGUUCUACUCCUGACUGCUGCGGCAGCUGACAGUCAGUCUUUCCACCCUGGAAAAUGCCCCCAGCCAUCUGUUCAAAAGGACUUCAACAUGACAAGGUAUCUGGGUACCUGGUAUGAAAUAGAGAUCCUCCCAGCUGUAUUUGAAAGAGGAAAAUGCGUUCAAUCUACAUACAGUCUUCUUGCUGAUGGGACGGUCAAAGUACGCCACAUACAGCUGCUGUCUAAUGAUAAAAGAAAUUCUAUUGAUGGCGUUGUAAAAGUUUUAAACUCAUCUCAACCUGCUUUUCUGGGUGUCAGCUUCUUUAAAGGUGUUCCAGAUAGUCCAUAUGUGGUACUCUCCACUGACUAUGAGUCAUAUUCUCUGGUCUACUCCUGUUCUGACUACUUUGGCCUCCAUGUGGACUUUGCCUGGGUCCUGUCUCGCACUCGGACGCUGUCUGAGCAUGUCAUAAGGCAGUUACAUGAUGGCCUGACCUCUGCUGGUGUUAACAUCAACCGCCUCACAGUCACCGAUCAGACUGGAUGUGACCAGACCAGAGCCAAGAGAAAUGACAGACCCAUCAUUGGUGUACUGGCUCAAAAGCCUAAAUACCCCGGAGGAAGUGAAACUCCAUAUAUUGCUGCCUCUUAUGUCAAGACUCUAGAGUCAGCAGGAGCGAGGGUUGUACCUGUCAUGAUCGACCGGCCACCAGAGGAGUAUAGGAAACUAUUCAACUCCAUUAACGGGAUCUUUUACCCAGGCGGAGCUGCAAACAUCACCUCAUCUGGUUAUCAAAAAGCUGCAAAAAUCUUUUAUGAGCUUGCUAUUGAGGCAAAUAAGAAAGGCGAUUAUUUUCCUGUGUGGGGCACCUGUCUUGGAUAUGAGCAGCUGACCGUUUUGACAAGUGGAAAAAAUCUUCUGUCACGUACCAAUACAAGCGAUGUGUCCUAUCAUCUGGACUUCACUGAUGAAGCCAAAGACAGCAGGAUGUUUAAAGGCUUCCCAGCUGAACUCAUGGAAGCUCUGGCCUCUGAGCCGCUGACCGCAAAUGCUCACAAGUGGAGUGUGACUGUGUCGGAUUUCAUGGCAAAUGAGGAGCUGAAUAACUUUUACAAAGUUCUCUCCACAAACACGGAUGGAAAGAUCGAGUUUGUGUCAACGGUGGAAGCAUAUGAUUUCCCAAUUUAUGGGACACUGUGGCAUCCAGAGAAAACACCAUUUGAAUGGGGGAGGCCUUAUAUUUCUCACUCUCUAUCAGCUGUCCAGUCCGCCUUCUAUAUCGCUGAAUUUUUUGUAAACGAAGCCAGGAAGAACUUUCACAGAUUUGAAUCCGAUGAGGAGGAGAGCAAAGCUCUGAUAUACAACUAUAAUCCUGUUUACACUGGACCCAAGAGUACCUUCGAGCAGAGAUAUUAUUUCUGAUGCUAGUUUGCGGAGGGCUUUACUUGUUAGCAGAUGAUUGGCUGUCUCUGUCACAUGACUCAUGAACGUUUCAUAUCAUUUUAGUUGUUUGUAUUUCCUGCUCAAUCUGUUGAAUCUAAACCUAAUAAAUAGCAAUACAAAUGUAAAAUAAUGCUUUGUGUAUGCUCACAAAUGUAUUAAAUGCAAUUACAGAAUGCAGACAGUGAUAUUUUAAGGAAUUUGGUAUUGAACAUUUAAAGAUUGGCAGUCCUUUUGAGAAUGUGUAAUUACUGACAUAACAGGAUGUUUUAAAGCUGCACUGAUCAAUAUUUUUCCCGGCCUGCUAACUCAGUUUUCAUUCACCCCAUUUAUGCUACCUGCUCUGCACCAAACAGCACACAGUGGUGUAUUUAGCAUCUUUCAUAGAUUAGAUGUUACCCUCAGGAUUUAUUGAAGAUCAAAACAAGGCAAUAUUUCUAAACAUAACUUAAUACUGUGAUAGUUGUGUCAUUAUUUUGUUUUUCCGUCGCUGAAAAUAAAAAAAAGAAUGAAUACAGUUUUAAAAUUCACAAAACAGAUGACCCAAAAAACACUGAAGGCUGAUAAAAUAUCUAUUUUUUAUUCUAACAUUUACCUUCAUGCCACAAUCUGCCAUUGAUCUCCUUCUAUGCUUUGGAUAACAAAGUUGAGCGUCUUGGAAAAAGUCCUCAACCUCUUGCAAGAAAGGUCGAUGUUGCCAUUGGCAUUUAUAAAGUCCACUUUCAACUCAAUUCAAAGACGGCAACAGGAGAACAGAAAUGAAUAGUCAAAUGUAACUUCCAAAAUGCUUUAUGCACAAAUAACACUCAGGUAAUAUUGUUUCUUUUUUCUUUUUUAGAAUAAAAUGAUAUUUGAAUAACAUUUACACAUCAAGCUGACGAGACUGGGAUCUCAAUCACAAUACUACUGGAAAUGUAAUUUAUGCAAUCCAGUAAGGAACAUUCAAGAUGUCAAAAUUACCAUGUGGAACUGAGCUAUCGGGGAUAGUGCUGCAAAUAACGUAUUAACAUGCACCCAAACAUAACAUAACUGG